AAAACAAAGCAUACGAGCUGUGUAACUGCUGCGGCCGUUGCUGCUGGUGCCGGUGAAAAAAUGAAAUCCGUGAUUUUGUAUCCCUACGGGCCGUUGACAGCCACCGGAUGCUGUCGUAUGUUGCAUGCCAAAAAUUUGGCCAUAGCAAGCGCCAUUUACACAAUCAAUAUAUCACUACUGAUAGUCCUGAUAUACUCAUGGCGAAUCAACAUCAACAUAAACAAGUCCGGAGAUUUGGAGGACGUCUACUAUGGUGUUCAAAUUGCCUAUUUUGCCAUAAUUGGAACGCAAAUGUCAAUGAUUGUCCUAAGCGUGAUGCUACUUUUCGGAAUCCUAAAGGAAAAUCCUGGCUUAAUAGUUCCAUGGAUUAUUGGCUACAUAACUUUUAUGGCAUUGGAAGCUGUGGCUAUGGUGUAUUCGAACGUACUGCGGGAUCAUGUCAAUAAGCAAUUUGAUGCGAUGUGCAAAGCGGAAGUGGCUUUUUUUAUAGCCCGUGCUUUCAUAAACGUCCUGUCUAUGUGGGGCGUCCUACGAUUUUAUAAUCUAGUUCGCUGUGGAAUUACUUGGAAAGGUCCCGAGGUAAUUACAAUAGCAAAUGUGUGACACAAUGCAACAAGAUGUUCACCCAGACCCAUACCGAAUGCACAGCACCCCAGGAGACUUCAUAGCAACAGCGGAACUCAUAAAGCUUCCCGUGGAGGAUGCUGUGCCUUCUUCGACCUUGAUUACGAUUAUGACGAUUACGACGAUGAUGAAUUGUACGAGUAUGAAGACGGCGAUGAUUAUGAAUGCGACGAGACCGAUGGUGUGGACUACUACGAUGAAGAAGGAGAAAGUAGUGACUGUUCUAUGUUGGGUGCCUCGCCUAGUCACAAGCGUAUCGAGCACAAAUACCGGCAGCGCAACAACAAUAUUCGAUCUGUGUUGAUUAGCAAACGACACAACAAAUACAAAAUCUCCCAUCCCGAAACACGUCUGGAAGUCAUAAACGAGUCUGAGCGUAGUGCCGGCAGUGGAAGUGAUGAAAUCGAUUCGCUACUCGUGGCCUAUGAUAGCACUUCGUCGUUGGCGUCCGUUUGACAUUGGCCCGGUUGCAUUGGAGAUGCAGGAGGCAUGUCUAGUACUGGCCCAAA